GUGAGAGCAGGCCACUCUUGAGAAUCAUGGAGCAUUGAAUCAAAAGUCAAUCCAGUGAGAUCUGCAUACAUCCUAAUGUCAUUGAUAGCAUCGUGGAUUGAAUACAAGAUGGCUGAAACUCUGAGCAUCAUACUUGGAGUAGAUAAUGCUUCAAAAUUAACUCUGCCCACUGGGAUACCAGUACAGGACCUCAAAGGAGAGAUUAGAAGAAAGUUUGGCUUGUCUGGAAAUUUCAGGCUGCAGUGCAGUCACAUUGAAUUUGACAAUGAGUUUGUGAACUUGACAGUGUCUUCAGAAAUCAAAGACAAGACCACAGUUAAAGUUAUUUACUUGCCAAAUGAAUCAGACACAACUCUGCCUCAUACUGCUUUGCAAGAGUUAGAUGACAGUCUUUAUUGUCCUCAUCAUCAGACACAGACUUACUUUCCUCCAAUGAAUCUACAUCUUCAGAUUCUUCCCUUAGAUCACAGCCAUGGCUCCCAAACUUCCAAAUACCUCAGUUCAGUUAUGAGGACCAAGGAUCGGUCACUGGCUACUACAGAUGGAAACUACCACACUACACCAAGAAACACAGGCUGCCCAGAGUUGAGUGUAAAGGCUGUAAAAGAAAAGCGCGGUGCCACAAGUCAAGGUCCUAACCGGGUAAAGAAGCCACGGAGAGCAGAAGUCAACUACUAUCCUUAUUACCCUACAGGUGAGACUACAGAAAGCCUUGAGAAGGAAAGGCAAGCAUUUAUGCUAGAGGUGAAGAAAAGGAACAACCCACAGCCAAUCUAAAGUGAAAUGGAAAGAACCCUUUGUCUACAGAAGACAGGAAGUCAUUGAAGAUAUGCCUUUUAUAGCAGAGCUCAAAAACAGAUGACCAGCUCUCUUUUCUGAGAGUCAGAUAAACGCAGAAUUCACCUACAUCACCACAGUGCCCUUGAUGUCAACCUUUAUGUACCAGUAAAUUCCAAUGAUGUUGGGAAAACAGAAUACGAUGAUUUGCAAAUCAUUUUCAACCUAUACUCAAUUGAAUA